AUGUUCCGGAACGCCCUCCGACAGUCCACGCGUGCCGUGGGCGCCGUCUCUGCCGCCGGCAGGGUCGCCGCGGUCCGAAAUGCCGCACCCGCCGCCGUGGCCGUGCAGGCCCGAACCUACGCCGCCGACACCAAGGCCUCGCCGACCGAGGUCUCCUCCAUUCUCGAGCAGCGAAUUCGCGGUGUCCAGGAGGAGUCUGGCCUCGCUGAGACUGGCCGCGUCCUUUCCGUCGGUGACGGUAUUGCCCGUGUCCACGGCCUGUCCAACGUCCAGGCUGAGGAGCUGGUCGAGUUCUCCUCUGGCGUCAAGGGCAUGUGCAUGAACCUCGAGGCCGGCCAGGUCGGUGUCGUGCUGUUCGGUUCUGACCGUCUCGUCCGUGAGGGCCAGACUGUCAAGCGUACCGGCGAGAUUGUCGACGUCCCCGUCGGCCCUGAGAUGCUUGGCCGUGUCGUCGAUGCCCUGGGUAACCCCAUCGACGGCAAGGGCCCCAUCAACACCAAGGAGAAGCGUCGUGCCCAGCUCAAGGCUCCCGGCAUUCUGCCCCGCAAGUCUGUCAACCAGCCCGUGCAGACCGGUUUCAAGUCCGUCGACGCCAUGGUUCCCAUCGGCCGUGGUCAGCGUGAGUUGAUCAUCGGUGACCGUCAGACCGGCAAGACCGCCGUCGGCCUCGACACCAUCCUCAACCAGAAGCGCUGGAACGACGGCAACGACGAGACCAAGAAGCUUUACUGCGUCUACGUCGCCGUUGGCCAGAAGCGAUCUACCGUUGCCCAGCUCGUCAAGACCCUCGAGGAGAACGACGCCAUGAAGUACUCCAUCGUCGUCGCCGCUACCGCCUCCGAGGCCGCUCCCCUGCAGUACAUUGCUCCUUUCACUGGCGCUUCUCUCGGUGAAUGGUUCCGCGACAAUGGCAAGCACUCUCUGGUUAUCUACGACGAUCUGUCGAAGCAGGCCGUUGCCUACCGCCAGAUGUCUCUGCUGCUCCGUCGUCCUCCCGGCCGUGAGGCUUACCCCGGUGACGUCUUCUAUCUGCACUCCCGUCUGCUGGAGCGUGCCGCCAAGCUCAACAACGACCACGGUGGCGGCUCCAUGACUGCCCUGCCCAUCAUCGAGACCCAGGGUGGUGACGUGUCUGCCUACAUUCCCACCAACGUCAUUUCCAUUACCGACGGCCAGAUUUUCCUCGAGUCCGAGCUCUUCUACAAGGGUGUCCGCCCCGCCAUCAACGUCGGUCUGUCCGUCUCGCGUGUCGGCUCCGCCGCGCAGCUCAAGGCCAUGAAGCAGGUCGCUGGUUCCCUGAAGCUCUUCUUGGCCCAGUACCGUGAGGUCGCCGCCUUCGCCCAGUUCGGUUCCGACCUGGACGCCGCCACCAAGCAGACGCUGGCCCGUGGUGAGCGCCUGACGGAGCUCCUGAAGCAGAAGCAGUACUCGCCCAUGGCCGUCAACGAGAUGGUUCCCCUCAUCUUCGCCGGUGUCAACGGCUACCUCGACACCGUCCCCGUCGACAAGAUCCUGCAGUGGGAGUCUGACUACCUCGCCCACCUCAAGGCCAACGAGUCCGACCUGCUGGCCACGCUCGAGAAGGAGGGCGCCAUCAGCAAGGAGCUGGAGGGCCGCCUCAAGGAGGUCACGACGUCCUUCAUCAAGAGCUUCCUCGGCUAA